UAGUAAUCGGGAAAGGUCUUAGUGGAAAUAUCCAUGAAGUUUCGACCAACUGAAUGACAAGCCCAGUGCUGACGCCCAUGAUGCUGUAAUGUGAAUGGGAUACUUGUAAUGUUUUGAACAGCAUACGGCUCCCCGACCCACUAAAACCGAAGUUAGCGCGCGAUCCGGUUCAGAAAGUUAUAAAAUAAACAUUCCUCGCUUUCAGCUUCCAAUUGAAACUCGAAAAACCUCCACCUCUAACCCCUCCAUCAGGGCGGCGCGUCGGGCUCACGUAACACUGACAGGAAACAUCUCCCUGCAACCUGAAACAGCAACUUGUCACACAGUGGAGCAUAGAACGGUUCAAUGGCCUCAUCAUCAUUUACAGCUUCACAUUACAGACAACCACCGCGUAGUAGUGUUACCAGGUUUCAUGAAAUACGGCCUGAAGUUCGUGAAAUUGUGAUUGAGAUGGGCGCUGGUGAUCAGGUGGGACAGGGCUCCGGUUCCUCAACCGUCGAUCACUCAACACUCAGUAAGCUUGUGAAGGAGAAAAAGAGUGAUCUGCUAGAUAGACUUGGACGUGUUGAGGGAAUAGCAGCUUCUCUCAAAACUGAUUUGGAGGGUGGAAUAGGGGGUGACAUUGAAGACAUUUCAUGGAGGACCAAAGCCUUUGGCUCCAAUUCUUAUGCUAAACCACCUGGAAAGGGUUGGUUCUGCUUCGUAUGGGAAGCUCUCGUUGACCCCACAAUUCUCAUCCUCUUAGUUUGUGCUGCACUGUUACUUGGAUUUGGCAUCAAGGUGUAUGGAAGUGAAGAUGGCUGGUAUGAUGGUGCAAGCAUACUUGUUGCUGUUUUUUUCAUUGUUUCUGUUUCAGCAGCAAGCAAUUUUAGGCAGAACAAACAGCUAGACAAGCUUUCCAAGAUCAGCAACAAUAUCUUGGUUAAAGUUGUGAGAACUGGAAUCCAGCAAAAGAUUUCAAUAUCUGACAUUGUUGUUGGUGAUGUUGUUAGUUUGUCAAUCGGUGAUCAAAUACCUGCAGAUGGAUUGUUCGUAGGAGGGUACUCUUUGCGAGUGGAUGAAUCUAGCAUGACAGGGGAGAAUGAUCUUGUUGAAGUUGAUAAAGAUCAAAAUCCUUUCUUGUUUUCAGGCACAAUGGUUGCUGAUGGAUGUGCUAAAAUGAUGGUCACUUGUGUAGGAAUGAACACAACUAAGAAAUUCAUUGAGCAGACACCCCUUCAAGCGCGAUUGAAGAAGUUAACUUUGUUGUUAGGAAAGUUUGGUCUAGUAGUAGGUUUCUUAGUUCUUGCUGCACUGUUGGUGCAGUAUUUCAUAGAGGAUACAACAGAUGAGAAUGGGAAUAAAGGAUUCAGUGGCAGCAAGACUAAGGUUGAUGAUGUGAUCAACACUGUUGUGGGAAUUAUUACUACUGCUGUUACUGUUGUAGUUGUUGCAAUUCCUGGAGGUUUGCUUUUGGCAACGACACUUAUUCAUGCAUACGGGAUGAAAGAAAUGAGGGCUCAUCAUGCAUUGCUCAGAAAGCUCUCUGCUUUCGAGAGAAUGGGCUCUGCGACAACAAUAUGCACAGCCAUACCUGCUCUCUUACAGAAUCGGAUGGAAGUAACCAAGUCUGUUGUUGGCGCAGAAUCCAUGGAACGUAGAAGUUACACUUCCAUUGCAGCCAAUGUUCUCCAACUCUUGCUACAAGGGAUCAUUCUUGCAAGAGGCAGUGUUCAUAACCUGUUCUCAGUUGCUCCAAUGGAUGAUGCAAUUCACUCAUGGGCUGUUAUGAAAUUGAACAUGGACAUGGACAACAGCACACAAGGUCUGUCGAUUCUUGAUGUGGAAGCAUCCUCCCCUGAGAAGAUGAGUGUAGGGCUUUCAGUUGAAAGACAGCAAGAUAAUACGAAUAUGAUCCAUGUGCACUGGAGAGGGGAUUUUGAGAGAAUCCUCUCAUCAUGCUCGAGCUACUAUGAUAAUUCUGGACAAGCUAAAGUUCUUGAUGACGAGCAGAGAGCAGCAUUUCGUCAAACAGCACAUGGUAGUCUCCGAUGCAUUGCAUUUGCCCAUAAGUACCUUUCGAAAGAGGAGUAUAAAAAUGAAAGAGUGCAUCGAAAGGUUCCAGACAAGGAUUUGAUUCUAUUGGGAUUUGUGGGACUGAAAGCUUCUUGCCAUCCUGGUAUGAAGCAAGCUGUUGAAAAUUUUCAACUUGCAGGGGUUGCCGUCAAAAUGAUCACUGGUGAAAACGUUUCUACAGCAAAAGCCAUAGCAAUGGAAUGUGGAAUACUUGAUAAUGAUGAAUCCAUAGUAACAGGUGAAGAAUUUCGCGGGUACCAAGACCAUGUAAGAAUGCAGAGGGCUGAUAACAUUAGGCUUAUGGCAAGGUCAUCUCCUUUUGACAAACUUCUAAUGGUGCAGUGCCUCAAAAGGAAAGGCCAUGUCGUUGCGGUAACUGGUGAUGGAACAAAUGAUGCACCAGCAUUGAGAGAAGCAGAUAUAGGACUUUCAAUGGGAAUUCAGGGCACUGAAGUGGAAAAGGAGAGCUCAGAUGUUAUCAUCCUGGAUGAUAAUUUUGCUUCUGUUGUCACAGUUCUGAGAUGGGGAAGAUUUGUGUACAACAACAUUCAAAAAUUCAUCCAAUUUCAGUUGACUGUAAAUGUUGCAGCCAUGGCAAUCAACUAUGUGGCAGCUGUUUCAACUGGUGAAAUACCAUUAACACCAGCCCAGUUACUGUGGGUGAAUCUCAUUAUGGACACAUUGGGAGCCCUUGCCCUAGCUACUGGAAAUCCGACUGAUGAACUCAUGAACAAGCCACCUAUAGGUCAGUCCGACCCGCUCAUCACCAACAUCAUGUGGAGAAGCAUAGUAGGUCUAGCUUCAUAUCAGAUAGCAGUCAUCUUGGCCUUAGAGUUCAAGGGAAAAUCAAUAUUUGGCAACGAUGGAAACAUCGUUGACACACUUAUCUUCACCACUUUUGUCCUCUUGCAAGUGUUCAAUCAGUUCAAUUCAAGGGAGCUCGAGGGGAAGAACAUUUUCAAGGGAAUACACAAGAAUAAACUGUUCCUUGGAAUCACCGGGAUUACCAUAGUUCUCCAAGUAAUAAUGGUUGAAUUGUUGAAUAAAUUUGCCCAUACAGAGAGGUUAGAUUGGAAGCAAUGGGGAGCCUGUAUAGGCAUUGCAGCUUUCUCUUGGCUGAUUGGUUGGCUGAUCAAGUUUCUACCAGUUCCAAAGAAGCCAAUCCUCCAUAGUCUGAUCAAGUGAAACAGGGGACUCCGAUAAAAGCUGCAGGAUUGCAGGAUCCAGAAUCCCCUAACUGGGAUUAACAAGGGAUGAAAGUCCUUCCAAUUUUGGGCCAUGUACUUCCACUUUGAAGGGUGAUUAUCUCUUCUGUUUUCUUUUAGUCAGGGAUAUUUUUAUUCUUACAUCAACAGGCGACACAAUGUAGAGCUCUGUUCAUGUAUCUUCUUUACACUUGAAUUUCUGGGGUUGGUAAUUUGUGUAAUAUUGAUGGGCUUUCUGUUUA